AUGCGUCAUUCCUCGGCCAUCGUUUUCUCCAUUCUUCUACCUCAUCUUCGCCCAUCAUACUUGGUCUCAGCGAAACCGGGGCGUCUCCCUCAGUACUCUACGGACGCGGACAAUAACGUUAUCAACAACUACAAUGAACGUUAUACUGUGUCCCUGACUGUCGCUGGAACGCAGGUGAAUGCGAUACUGGAUACAGGGUCAACCGACAUGUGGGUUGCUCCCCCGAACGGUCUCAAGGACCAAGUGGACGAGACAGGCGCUUUUGCUACCAUCUUUUAUGGCGAUGGGAGUGCCUUUGUCAACGGUUCUGUGGAGUUGGGCGAUGUGGAGAUUGCUGGGAACUCUAUCCCGCACCAAGCCUUUAUUAACGUCUUGAAUUCUGUUGGUCAAGACUCCGACUUUUCCAAUGGUAUUUUUGGACUUGUUGGUCUUGGAUUCGACGGACCUAGUGGCUCUAUACCAUCUUCCCUGACUCAAAAUGGUCUUAAUGGGACCGACGUUGGCAAGGCUGUGCUUACAAGUAUAUUCGCACAGAACCCGACAAACGGCCAAUUCUUCUCCUUGUCGCUUUCGCGUGUUGGGGAUGUGGAUGACAGUGCAGAUGCGAGCUUGACAAUCAGUGGCUUCGAUCCCAAAUAUGCCGCCGUCGCAGAAUCUCCCCUGUUGUUCCAGUUCCCCUACCAAAGCGGUCGCUGGGGUAUCGUCAGCGACGGAAUCUGGGCGAAUAACGAACAGAUUCGGUGGAAGUCGUUUUCGGAGUCCCUUCAAUCGCUUGAGCAGAACGCUGUCCUUCUUGAUACGGGCACAACCAACUUCUUGGUUCCCGCGGAGGUGCGCGAUGCGAUCUAUUCUUCUGUGCCUGGGGCCCUCGUUUCGCGAAACUCCUCCAUUCCCAACCUCAAGUUCUCUGAGGACCAAGAUACUUGGGUUCUUCCCUGCAAAGCGAUCGUGAACCUGACAACGAGAUUCGCUGGACAAGAUUUUCCUAUCCACCCUCUUGAUCUCUCCGAUAUAGUGACACUCACUACUCCUAAUGGCAAACAAUACACUGCCUGCCUUGGUUCUAUUACUAAUGGCGGUCCAAUUCUUGGCCCUGGUCUCGACGCCCUCUAUGGCGACUCUUUCCUGCGGAACGUCUACUCAGUCUUCUCCUUUGGCGAUGGUCCAACGCCCCCGCACGUCCAGCUUCUUGCUGACACCGUUAUCAACCAGGCCGCUGCCGACUUCAUCAAAGUUCGAGUCGAACAACUAGAGAAUGGUUUUCCAGAACUUGGCCCCGCCGAUCUCAUCCGUCUUUUCGAUGGUCCGAAUGCCAUCAUUGGUGGCUUUCCGUCCAUUACAGACGCCUCGCCUUCAGGUUCGGCCAACAGCGACGAUAUGGCUGGCGCUGGCCCCAGCUCAUCGAACUCUACAUGUGUUCCCGGUCUUGGCUCUGACCUUUCCGAGUUGUCAACCGAGAGCAGCAAGAAUUCCGUCAACCUUGCUGACAGCAAAUGGGGGCCCGCCAUCGUCGGUCUACUCGCCGCCAACCUCGUUAUCCUGCUUGUUGUGGCGUUCUUUUCCGUCAUGAAUUAUGUGCGAAAUGGACGAACCACGGGCGUGUCGAAGGCUGCCGAUGCCCGAUAUGUACCCGUCAAGCUAAAGGAGGAUUCGACUUUCGUCCCUGCGAGGACUUCUUAUGAGGAGCACGGCCAGGAGCGAUAUUCGGACUAG